GCGCUGGUCACUUUUCACGACAACAUGAGAGACCACUGCUCCAGUCAUCAGAUGAAAGUAGACUAAGAACAACAAGCCUCACGAUCCGUCACCCGUCAUGUCAGCUCCGACCGCCCCGGCGGGGUCGAAGGAGCGCAGCUACCGCACGUCGGCGACGCAGGAAUCGGAAGUCAACGAUGGCGCGAGCGGUGGCGGCUUCUUCAAGCGGCUGUUUUCCUCGAAUUCGAAGGACAAGCCGGAUCCGCCCGACCGGAGGCAGUCGCGUACGAGCGUGAGCAAAGAGAACAAUUGGGGCCAGGGGAGAACGGUGAACCUGGAUGCCGACGCGGACAGGCCCGGUGGCAGGUUGAAGGCUGAGAUGGGGCCCGGGCUCGGGCCGGCCCCGAGUGGACCCGUGCUCGGCCACGGUUUGUACGCGGACGACUCGGCUGGGCCGUCGAAGGAGUUUGACUUCCGCAAGCCGCCGGACGCGCAUUUCAAAAAACCGAUGAACUCGCCCGCCGGUGCCAGUGCGUCGGCUUCCGGCUCCGGGACCGGCGCGGCUGGCAACAUGCCGAACGCCUACUACAAGCCUGCGCAGGCCGAGAUGGAGGCCAAGGCGCGGCGCCAGUGGCAUGAACGCGUGGAAAGCAGCAGCAAGGACAAGCCGAACGGGUCCCCACAGAACAAUAAUUACA